AUGGCAGACAGAAUCUCACAAGUCGUCGGCCACCUCAAUUACCCAAAAGGCCUCCUCGCCAACCAAACCGCCAUCAUCACCGGCGCAGGCCAAGGCAUCGGCGCCGAAACCGCCCGCCUCUUUGCCAAUGAGGGCGCAAAAGUCGUAAUCGCAGACAUUGACGCCAAAAAAGCCGAUGAGGUCGCAGAAUCCAUCCGCAAAACCGGCGGCCAAGCCAUCUCCUUCAGCGGCGACAUCCUCGACUCGUCCUACAUCAAGGCCCUCAUCGCCAAAGCCGCCUCUUUCGGCAACGGCAAGAUCCACAUCCUCGUCAUGGGCGCCGGCUACACGUGGGACGGUGUCGUGCACAAAAUGACGGACAAGCAGUGGGAAACCAUGAUAGCGCUGCACUGCACCGCGCCCUUUAACAUGGUGCGCGAGGCGGCGCCCUAUUUCCGCGUCAAGGACGGCGAGCCGCGCAGCAUCGUUACCGUGUCGUCGACGUCGGGCGUGCACGGCAACGCGGGCCAGAUCAACUAUGCGCUGGCCAAGUCCGGGCUGAUUGGCUUCACCAAGACGAUUGCCAAGGAAUGGGGCCCGGCGUUUGGGGUGAGGGCCAAUUCGGUUGCCUUUGGGUAUAUCCAGACCCGCCUGACGGCUGCCAAGGAGGAUGGAGGGUUUGUGGUUGGGCCGGGCGGCGAGAAGAUUGCGCUGGGUGUGCCGGGGCGAGGCAAGCCUGGUUCAGCGCCGCCUUCAGAUAUUCCCUUGGGACGGCCGGGGACUGCAACGGAGGCUGCGAGCUCGAUUCUGGCCGUGGCGAGUCCGCUCUUUUCCUAUGUAACAGGCCAAGUCAUCAUGGUGACAGGAGGCAGGAACAUGUAA